CACGGAGCAUGUGAAUCAAAAUGAAAACACUGAAACACCGAGUGCCAUCAGAUAGGCUUUAUACACUUGAAAGAAAGGAAAUCCGGAGGGAUACUAAAAAGGCAGGUUUGCCAUGAUCCCGAAUCAGUUUCAAAACAUCUGGACUUGUUUAAACAAAUUAUGUGAACCAGUUCCAUAGGCUAUAGGCUUAACAUCGUGACACACCAGUUGUCUUACUAGAUCACAAACCGGAUUCUGAAUGCUUCGGAAUGGGAAACCUUCGCCACAAAGGAUGCUAAAACUGAGUUAUCAGCGUUUUGUGUAAGCAAUUAAACCUACUGAUCUCGAGCUGUCACAAUAACGGCAAAUUGCUGUGGAUGGGAACCUUCUCUGCACCCUCUACCUUCCACAUGACCCCACUUUCCCUGUUUCCUCGGCUCCCGUAAAGAUACGUUACGCUCUCUAACACACACUGACAGCAUGACGUCCACUGCCCAGAUUCUGGCCUUUAAGUUCUCCCCACCAUCUCAAGAUGGGAGUCCAGACCGUCUGUUCAACUGUGAUGAGGACAUUGAACGGCGCUAUGAGGUGGUCCCGUCUGUCGUCUGCUCCAUGUGUUGCCUCUUUGGCAUCAUAUACUGCUUCUUCGGGUACCGCUGCUUCAAGGCUGUAAUGUUCCUCACGGGUCUAAUGUUUGGUUCCAUCGUCAUCUUCAUGCUCUGCUAUAAGGAGAGGGUCAUGGAUACUCAACUAAGUGUGGAGGCCAGUGUGGGCAUCGGCCUGGGCAUUGGCACGUUAUGCGGUUUGGUCACCAUGCUGGUCCGCAGCGUGGGGCUUUUCAUGGUUGGACUUCUCUUGGGUUUACUGGUCGCCCUCGCCUCUCUUGUGGUUCUGGAGGAGUUUUACCACCCGAGGACAGUGUGGCUUCCCCUGGGUGUGCUGCUGGGUUCGGGCAUGCUGUUUGCUGUGCUCACUUUGCAGUGGCAGCGCUGUUUCACCACCAUCUCCACCGCCGUCUUCGGGUCAGCGGUGGUGACUGUGACUGUGGAUUAUUUUGUUGAGCUCUUCGCUUUGACACGGUAUAUCUAUGAGAGGGUGAAAGUGGAUCCACCUCGCCCCGUGUGUUGGUUCACGUGGGUGGUCAUGGGAGUCUGGCCUGUGCUGGCGCUGCUGGGUGUUCUUAUUCAGUGGAAGGUCACAGCUGAAGGAUAUUCACACACAGAAGUCUUCAUCAAUCACCAGCAGAGACGAGUGCAGUUAAUGCGAAUUCGUCAAAAGGAAGUGAGAAAGGAGUGCGGAAAGAAAAAAAAGAAAAAGCCACAGAAACAGCCGCCACAGCAACAGAAGUACCACCACCCCCCUCAGACCAUCCCUCAUCCCCCCAACCCUCCACCCAAACUCCAGCAUCCAGAGCCCACCCACCGCCGGAAACCCAACACCAUUCGCCGCUUCGAUGGAGAUGUGCUUUCUCCGAGUUACAUCCAGAACUUCCGUGACAGACGUACAGAGAGGAGGGUCUACUCUCAUGGCAAGUUCAUGGGCGGCUCACAUGUUGUAGAUUUGAACUAUGACUAUGGCUCCCAAGUUCCCCUAACAGCCCACACAGGCCCCGCAGUGAGAGGCUGAUCUUCUACUGGAACACAAAUUGCACUGAACAAACCAUUCCGAGAUCUCUGCGGCCGGAUCAAAUCUAGAGCAUGUGGUCACCACCUCCGUCACAAUGGCUGACGGGUUUUUCAUACCCAAAUGGAUUUGCUGUACUCCCAUGAUUUUCUUUCAAUUAAAAUGGCAGAAAAGUUGCAGCAAAUGGAUCAUUUACCUACAAAACAAUGGGCUCUGUUCUCUUGCAAUUUACUCCAUUUUAUAUUGCUGAAGAUGGUAUGUGUGUCUGCUCCUCCGAGGCUCUUCUUCCCAUAAUUAGGCUGCUGUUUCACUCCGUCCGAGAAGAAUGUUCUCAUUACCACAGCAGCCAUUUCAAAAGAGAUCCAUUAUGGGACCAAAUACGGCCUUGGCUUUUAAGCGACUAAACUGUCAUAAAACAUGCACGGCAUCUACUAGCCAGACUAUUCGUAUAUCCAGUUGACAGAUUUAAACUUCCUGUUAAUUUCUGAAGCUGUUUCAGAUAAUGUUAUGUUUACAGUACGGGCAGGGAAGUGUUUAUCUCUUUAGAACUGUUUCAAAUGGCUUUAUCUGCUCUGUGUCAGGGCCUACACAAAUUCUGUCAAAACAAUCUCUGUUCAAUCUGAGCCGAUUGCACAAGCAUAUAUUGAGAUGUUUUGUGCAUUUAUCUUUGUUAGCCAAUGCAUGUGGGGAAAGUGCCACCAUUGCUCUUGAUAUACAUUUUUCAACACAACAUGUUAUAUCCAUUUAAGCCGUAGUUAAAAGUAUCCAGAGACCCAGUUUGCUCCCAGUUAAAUCUCAGGGGCCGUGGCAUCGAGAGGAGCCCCAACGAUGAAACUGUGAACACUAAGGGUUUUGUGUGGAUGAUUUAAGUGUCCUUGUCUUCUAUGAUAGAGUUUUGAACGGGAUUAAUGAAAGAUGCCUAAGAAGGCUGGAAGAGAUUUACAAUGGUGGAAUUCUCAGAAAAAGAUUGUGUAUUUCUGAGUUUGCAUAAAGCAUGAAAUGGAGAGAUAUUGACAGAUGGUGGUGUAUGUGCGUGCAAGCCUUUGUCAUACUGUCUUUUAAUUUCUGAUGUACCUUCAUAUUUGGAUGCAGGGUGAUUUCACACUCAGUUUCCCCUCUGUUUUAUCAGGUCUGUGGGAGCAAUGAAGAGUCAAAGUCUAAUCUUUUUUUCUCACUCUGAAGUAGUGAAAGGGCUCAAAGGCUUAAAUUCCUCUCUGUUUACCAUGUCUUUUAAAGUGACAGCUUGGCUCUCUUGUAAAUGUUGUACAUUGUCUGAAUGUAUAUUAUGCUUACAUCCGAUUCUGUAUUAUUGCUAGUGCUUUGAUUCAUUUUUUUUCUUUUUCUAAUCAGUGGUUACAUCUGUGUCCUGAAGAAUUGUCUUUUUUAAUUGUCCCAUUGAUAGUCAUUUGUAAUAAUUUAUUUCUAAUUUAUUAGAUGAAGACUUCAAGUGGAGCUCUCUAUGUAUUUAAAUUGAUGUUGACCAUUAUUAUUACUCUUCCUAAGCAUGUGUCUGUACAGUACUGAUAACCAUAAAUGUUGCGCUCCUGAAGUCAAA